GAUGUGGUGGGGAGUUGGCAGCAGGACCUGCGGCGGGCCCAUUCCACAGCCUCUCUGGCCUCGGCUCCCUCCGUGGCUGACCGUGCGUGCGCUCAGUCCGGCACCAUGGGGAAACGGGACAACCGGGUGGCCUAUAUGAAUCCAAUAGCAAUGGCGAGAUCAAGGGGUCCUAUCCAGUCUUCAGGUCCAACAAUCCAAGAUUAUCUGAAUCGACCAAGGCCUACCUGGGAAGAAGUGAAAGAACAACUAGAAAAGAAAAAGAAAGGCUCCAAGGCAUUGGCUGAAUUUGAAGAAAAAAUGAAUGAGAACUGGAAGAAAGAACUAGAAAAACACAGGGAGAAAUUAUUAAGUGGAAGUGAGAGUUCAUCCAAAAAAAGACAGAGAAAGAAAAAAGAAAAGAAGAAAUCUGGUAGGUAUUCAUCUUCUUCUUCAUCAAGCUCUGAUUCUUCCAGCAGUUCUUCGGAUUCUGAAGAUGAGGAUAAGAAACAAGGAAAAAGGAAAAAGAAAAGGAAGAGCCGUUCACAUAAAUCUUCUGAAAGCUCCAUGUCAGAAACUGAAUCAGACAGUAAGGAUAGUUUGAAAAAGAAAAAGAAGUCAAAGGAUGCAACUGAGAAAGAAAAGGACAUUAAAGGACUCAGCAAAAAAAGAAAGAUGUAUCUUGAAGAUAAACCUUUAUCGUCUGAGUCUCUGUCAGAAUCAGAUUAUACUGAGGAGGUACGAGCAAAAAAGAAGAAAAGCAGUGAAGAACGAGAAAAAACAACAGAAAAAACAAAAAAGAAAAAGAAGCAUAAGAAACACAGUAAGAAGAAGAAAAAGAAGGCUACUUGUUCAAGUCCUGACUCACCAUAACAUAAAGAAGAAUCAGGAUUCACUUAAAGAAAGUGCAAUGUCUAGGGAAAUUGCAACUGUGAAAUUAUGACAUAUUUACUAAAGUGCAUGAAUUUUCUUGUUUUUAGAAUUAUUCCUGGACUAUUCAGUAGCCACUCAGAUGCCGCUGUGUGAAAGGGCCAUAACUGUUGCCUGCUGCUUGAACAUCUCUUUUUUUCUCUUCCAGUGCUUAAUAACUCUGGGAGAUAAUAAUAUACUGCAGUCAUACUAGUGGUUAAGAUAUUUGGGAAUAAAGUUAAUUAUUUUUGACUAGAAGUAUCUAAUGAUAAAUCAACAGAAAUUGAACCUGGGUACAUCAUUAAGAUGUAAUUAGAAAUGAACAGAUGACUCUAGUUAACAUUUUUGAAGUAGGGAUUACAUUGAUAUUUCAAAAUCCUUACUCUGUAGAUAAGUGUAUUUUGAUUUUUCCACUUUAUACUUUUAUUUACCUGGGGAAGGAGCUUUUAGGGUUGGGGUGGGGGGGUGGUUUGCUAUCACUUUAGCUAGCAGAAUAGUGUGCCUUUAUCCUCACACAUCUUAUUUUUGUGGACACAGUAGCCAUGCUUCAUGGAGAGGUCAGAGCUGGGUAUGGCAGUCUUGCCCUUUACUGAGCUUAGUGACAUCCUUGGACUCUCGUAUGCUACUUUGAGUGAACCAGAAAAAUAGCCUUUUGCAGCAUGAGAAUGCCCGAAAGCUCUGGGAUUUACCUCCACUUCAAUAAUACUGAAUGUUUUUUAGCAUUAGAAUGUGUUAUAACAUUUGAACUAAUUUUGACUACACUUUGGCUUUGGAGAGGAAUCAUUUCAAAUAGACACUGGUACUUUUUGAACUUGAUAGCUAAAGAUUCUAAAAUGCAUGUUUUAUACUGUUACAUUUUAACCAGUCAGGAAAUUUUUAUGUAACCAGUGAUAGUUAUUUUGUUUUUUGUAUGAAUUUUGUUUAGGCUGUAAUGUUUAGCUUUUUAUUAACCCCUUAUUCUUGCUAUCUUAAAUUCCAUACUGUGUUUAACAGCAUACUUGCCAAGAUAUUUAGCAUGUAAAAAGCAGGUUUUUGAUGUUUUGUUUUCAUUUUUUGGGUUUUUUUUUUUUUUAACAGCUUCAUAUUGAAGCUGAGACUUACCAUAAGCAAGUUAAGUGGCAGGCUUGGUAUGCUAUGUCUUGUUACAUGAAGCUCUUGCCAGAAUCUUAGUAAAUACAACAUUUUAAAAGUUUGUCUUUAUAUAUUCACAACAAAUUAUAAGUUUAAAUUUAAGUGAGAAUUACAUUAUUGCUUUUCCUGUGUCAUUUACUAAGAUUUUGUGAUUCAUAUCUCCUGCUGACUUGUUUACUAGUAAUGUUAAAAAGAAUUGAGAAAUCAUUUUCACUUUACCUUUUUAUAUAAUCAGGUAACAUGAAAUAUAAUUUGAUGUAUAAUUUUGCCUGUUAUAGAGGGUGUGCUAAUUAUAGUGGUAUAUGCACAAAACAUUUUGGCAUGACAAGAAGCUGAAUAAAUAGCUAUUUUAAUUAAAAA